UGCGCAGAUAAACCUGACGGCCACGGUUGCAGGCUUUUGACAGCGGCAGUCCACUUCUGCUGAAAGGGGUACUGCAGUCAGUGAGCUAUAUAAACUCAGCCUCCCUGCUUUGUUCACUUUCACGUCGCGACGGCUCGUCGUUGACCGCUUUAAAGAAUGUCUGACGGUGGGGGGACAGAGGAAAACUCCGGCACCAUGGAGGUGUCGGCCGUUCAGACGGUCGCGGACACAUCGGUGCUGCAGAAGCACAUAAGGAAAUUGGUACCGCUGCUCCUGGAAGAUGGCGGCGAGGCCCCGGCCUCACUGGAAACCGCCCUGGAGGAGAAGAGCGCCGUGGAGCAGAUGAGGAAAUUUCUGGCCGAUCCCCAACUUCACACCAUCCUGGUCGAGAGAAGUGCACUCAAAGAGGAUGUUGGAGAUGAAGGAGAGGAGGAGAAGGAGUGCAUCACUUAUAACAUCAGCAUUGACAUACACUAUGGGAUCAAGUCCAACAGCUUGGCUUUGAUCAAGAGGACAGGCGUCAUUGAUGCAGACAAGCCCAUAUCAACCCAAGUUCGAGUUCUGACCUUGAGUGAGGAUUCUCCCUAUGAGACACUCCACUCAUUCAUCAGCAAUGCUGUCGCUCCUUUCUUCAAGUCCUACAUCCGAGAGUCUGGCAAGGCAGACAGAGAUGGGGAUAAGAUGGCUCCCUCUGUGGAGAAGAAGAUUGCUGAGCUGGAGAUGGGCCUUCUUCACUUGCAGCAGAAUAUUGAGAUUCCUGAGAUCAGCCUGCUCAUCCACCCCAUCAUCACAAACAUCGCCAAGCAGUGCUAUGAGCGUGGGGAGAAGCCCAAGGUCACUGACUUUGGAGACAAAGUGGAGGACCCAACCUUCCUUAACCAGUUGCAAUCUGGAGUCAACCGCUGGAUCAGGGAGAUCCAAAAGGUGACAAAACUCGAUCGUGACCCAGCGUCAGGCACAGCCUUGCAAGAGAUCAGCUUCUGGCUGAAUCUGGAGAGAGCCCUCAACAGGAUCCAGGAGAAGAGAGAGAGCCCUGAAGUUCUGCUCACACUGGACAUCCUCAAACACGGCAAACGUUUCCAUGCUACUGUCAGCUUUGACACCGACACUGGUCUGAAACAGGCUGUGGAAACCGUCAAUGACUACAAUCCUCUGAUGAAGGACUUCCCUCUCAAUGACCUGCUCUCUGCUUCAGAGCUCGAUAAGAUCCGCCAGGCCCUGAUGGCCAUAUUCACUCACUUGAAAAAGAUUAGGAACACCAAGUACCCUAUCCAGAGAGCACUGCGUCUAGUAGAAGCCAUCUCCAGGGACUUGAGCUCCCAGCUACUCAAGGUGUUGGGCACCAGGAAGCUCAUGCAUGUUGCCUAUGAGGAAUUCGAAAAGGUGAUGGUGGCAUGCUUUGAGGUGUUCCAGACAUGGGAGGAUGAGUACGAGAAACUGCAGGUGCUUCUGAGGGACAUUGUGAAGAGAAAGAGAGAGGAGAACCUGAAGAUGGUGUGGCGUUUGAGCCCCGCCCACAGGAAGCUCCAAUCACGUCUGGAUCACAUGAGACGUUUCAGAAGGCAGCAUGAGCAGUUGAGGGCUGUCAUCGUCCGUGUGCUGAGGCCUCAGAUUUCUGCCGUACCACAACAUGCCCCUGGAGAGACAGUUGAGCCUCAAGACAUGAAAGUAGCUGGAGUUUUGUUUGAUGCUGCUGAUGCCAAUGCUAUCGAGGAGGUCAACCUGGCAUAUGAGAAUGUCAAAGAGGUAGAUGGCCUGGAUGUGUCUAAGGAAGGCAUGGAAGCCUGGGAAGCCGCCAUGAAGCGUUAUGAUGAACGUAUCGACCGCGUUGAGACCCGUAUCACUGCCCGCCUGCGCGAUCAGCUGGGAACCGCUAAGAACGCCAACGAGAUGUUCCGCAUCUUCUCCCGCUUUAAUGCCCUCUUUGUCCGUCCCCACAUCCGUGGUGCUAUCCGGGAGUACCAGACACAGCUCAUCCAGCGUGUGAAAGAUGACAUCGAGUCGCUGCAUGACAAGUUCAAAGUGCAGUAUCCCCAAAGCCAGGCCUGUAAAAUGAGCCAUGUCCGAGACCUGCCACCUGUGUCUGGCUCCAUCAUCUGGGCCAAGCAGAUCGACCGUCAGCUGACUGCGUAUAUGAAAAGAGUGGAGGAUGUUCUGGGAAAAGGCUGGGAGAACCAUGUGGAGGGGCUGAAGCUGAAGCAGGAUGGAGAUAGCUUCAGGGCUAAACUCAAUACUCAAGAGAUAUUUGAUGACUGGGCUCGCAAGGUGCAGCAGCGUAACCUUGGUGUGUCUGGCCGCAUCUUCACCAUUGAGAGUACUCGUGCCCGUGGACGUACCGGAAAUAUGCUGAAGCUUAAAGUCAACUUCCUCCCAGAGAUCAUCACUUUGUCCAAAGAGGUCCGCAACCUCAAGUGGUUGAGCUUCCGUGUUCCUUUGGCCAUCGUCAACAAAGCCCACCAAGCUAACCAGCUGUACCCAUUUGCCAUCUCUUUGAUUGAGAGUGUGCGCACCUACGAGCGCACUUGUGAGAAAGUGGAGGAGAGGUCCUCCAUCUCACUGCUGGUGGCUGGGCUUAAGAAAGAAGUUCAGGCUCUCAUUACUGAAGGCAUCACUCUGGUCUGGGAGUCCUACAAGCUGGAUCCCUAUGUUCAGAGGCUGGCUGAGACUGUAUUUAACUUCCAGGAGAAGGUGGAUGACCUCCUACUGAUUGAGGAGAAAAUUGAUCUUGAGGUUCGCUCUCUGGACACUUGCAUGUUUGACAACAAGACUUUCUCUGAUAUCCUCAACCGAGUCCAGAAAGCGGUAGAUGACCUCAAUCUCCACUCUUACUCCAAUCUGCCCAUCUGGGUCAACAAGCUCGACAUUGAGAUUGAACGUAUCCUGGGAGUGCGUCUGCAGGCUGGCCUAAAGGCCUGGACCCAGGUCCUCCGUGGCCAGCUAGAGGACAAAGCUGAUGUGGACAUGGACACAGAGGCUCCACAAGUGAGCCACAAACCUGGAGGGGAGCCCAAGAUCAAGAAUGUUGUCCAUGAGCUGAGGAUUACUAACCAGGUGAUCUACCUGAACCCACCGAUUGAAGACUGCCGCUACAAGCUUUACCAGGAGAUGUUUGCCUGGAAGAUGGUCAUACUUUCCCUUCCCAGGAUCCAGAGCCAGAGAUACCAGGUGGGAGUCCACUAUGAGCUUUCAGAGGAGGAGAAGUUCUACAGAAACGCCCUGACCAGGAUGCCAGAUGGCCCUGCAGCCUUAGAGGAGGCCUACAAUGCAGUGGAAGAUAUUGUCAAUGAGGUGGAGCAGUACGUUAAGGUGUGGCUGCAGUACCAGUGCUUAUGGGACAUGCAAGCUGAGAACAUCUACAACCGUCUGGGUGAAGACCUCAGCAAGUGGCAGGCCCUGCUGGUCCAGAUCCGCAAAGCACGUGGGACCUUUGACAAUGCAGAGACACGGAAAGAGUUUGGACCUGUAGUCAUCGACUAUGGCAAGGUCCAGUCCAAGGUGAACUUGAAGUAUGAUUCCUGGCACAAAGAAGUGCUCAGCAAGUUUGGUCAGAUGCUUGGUAACAACAUGCAGGACUUCCAUGCCCAGAUCUCCAAGUCCCGUCAAGAACUGGAGCAACAUUCUGUGGACACGGCUAGCACCUCUGAUGCUGUCAAUUUCAUAACAUAUGUCCAGACCCUGAAGCGCAAGAUAAAACAGUUUGAGAAAAAUGUGGACUUAUUCCGUAAUGGACAGCGUUUGCUGGAGAAGCAGAGAUUCCAGUUCCCUCCAUCUUGGCUCUACAUUGACAACAUCGAAGGUGAAUGGGGGGCCUUCAGUGACAUAAUGAAGCGCAAGGAUACAGCUAUCCAGCAGCAGGUGGAAAACCUGCAGAAAAAGAUUGUCCAGGAGGACAAAGCUGUGGAAAACCGCACCACUGACUUGCUCAAUGACUGGGAGAAGACCAAACCAGUUGCUGGGAACCUGCGUCCAGAGGAGGCUCUUCAGUCUCUGACGAUCUAUGAGGGCAACUUUGGCCGACUGAAGGAUGAAAGGGAGAAGUGUGCCCGAGCCAAAGAAGCCCUGGAGCUCCCAGACACUGGCCUGCUCAGCGGCAGUGAAGAGAGGGUGCAGGUGGCCCUAGAGGAGCUGCAUGACCUGAAGGAGGUUUGGUCCGAGCUGUCAAAGGUCUGGGAGCAAAUCGACCAGAUGAAAGAGCAGCCAUGGGUGUCUGUACAACCUCGCAAGCUUCGUCAGAGCCUGGAUGCUCUAUUGAACCAGCUGAAGAACUUCCAAGCAAGACUGAGACAGUAUGCCUCCUAUGAGUAUGUCCAGAGGCUGCUUAAAGGAUACCUGAAGGUUAACAUGUUGGUGAUUGAGCUGAAAUCAGAGGCUCUGAAGGACCGCCACUGGAAGCAGCUGAUGAAACGUUUGCAUGUAAACUGGGUUCUGUCAGAGCUGACUCUGGGACAGAUCUGGGAUGUGGAUCUGCAGAAGAAUGAGAUGGUGGUGAAGGACGUUCUCCUGGUAGCCCAGGGAGAGAUGGCUUUGGAGGAGUUCCUUAAACAGAUCCGAGAAGUCUGGAACUCGUAUGA